AUGACUCCCCGCUCAACACUCAAGACCAUUCGCAAUCAUAUCCUGCACCAAGCUGCACGCUGCCACGCUUCUCUUCCACACAUUUCCCUAGCACCCAGACUCCAAAUCAUAGUCACCAAGGCCCGCCAGGGUCCCUUUAUCUGCUGUCUCAGCUUCUACCUCCUCUCGACUGGUCUCUCAUGGCUCAUCUCAACAAUACAAUUCUCCUCUCAAUUACACGCUCACACCCUCUCUUCUGAUAUCCUUUACGCAUAUGAAACACCACCUUCAAAAAUCACCACAAAACCAUACCACUGGGCACCUCCACCAUCAUCACCUCUUAAUAUCACCUCUCCCUCAUCCAUUCCCCCCAUCAUCCACCGCAUAUGGCGCGGUGACCUCACCAAGUCCAUCCCCGAAGAAUACAUCAACGCCAGCACCUCCUGCCACGUCCAGAACCCCACAUACGAGCAAUACAUCUGGACCGACACAACAUCUCGUCAGUUCAUCGAGGCAUACUUUCCCUGGUUUGCACCCAUAUACAAUGACCACCUUCUCCCUAUGCAGCGCGUCGACGUGCUACGGUACUUCCUCCUCUGGCAUUACGGGGGCGUGUACCUGGACCCUGAGAUUGGGUGCCAGUGGACGUUGGACUCCUUGUUAAUGGGUACAGAGCAAGAUGGCAAGGUGCUGCUGCCUCAGCACUGGCCGUACGGGGUCGGAAAUGAGUUCAUCGCGAGUAAGCCGAACCAUCCGUUUGUGAUCAAGGUGGCGUUGAGUGUGCAUGAGCAUCGAUGGGGAUUUGUGCCGGCGUAUGCUAUGGCUUUUGUGAGUGCGGGGGCGGUGUUGGUGAGUCGGGUGCUGGGAGUGUGGUUGUCUGCUGUUGGGGGUGGAGUAGGCAUUGUGCCCGGGAAUAUGUAUGAGGGGACUGAAGAGGCAGUCUUUAUGAGGUUUGUCGAGAGGCCACGUGGUGAUGAGGUUGCAGUGUCGGAGUGGUUCUUUGGGAAUUGGGUGGGUUGGUGUGCGGCUGGGAUUGCGCUUGGGGUGAUGGGGUUGGUGGUGUUUGGGGUGAGGAGGGAGCCGAGGAAGCAGGGGUAUACUCCGGUGUAG